AUGAACCCGAACUCCUCUAAUGUGGCCUUUUUCUCCCUCACUGCGUACUUCCACCUGGGGCCACUGCGUUACCUCGUCUUUGCUGUCCUUUUGAUUUUGUAUGUCUUGAUGCUUCUCUCCAACGCGCUGAUUGUGGCCGUCAUCUAUCAGAACCGAAGUCUUCACGAGCCCAUGUAUAUUUUAGUAUGUAGUUUGUUUGGUAAUGGUAUCUUUGGUAGCUCCAUAAUGUUCCCUUUCCUUUUAUACCAAAUCCUCCAAGACGUACACAUUGUUCCGAGCCAGUUCUGCUAUUUCCAGGCCUUUGCCAUACAUGUGUACGGGAUCGUUGAAUACUUCACUUUAUCUGUGAUGUCAUAUGAUCGUUAUUUGGCCAUUUGUGUACCGCUACAAUACAACACACGGAUGACCAGAGACAAAACAGCUGUGAUGAUGGUGAUACCGUGGUUGUACGCGUGUUUCAUUUGCCUUGUUAUGAUCAUGUUAAGUUCAUCUCUGCGUCUGUGUGGAAAUGCCAUCCAAAAAGUGUACUGUGACAACUUUCCCAUUGUCAGACUAGCCUGUUCUGACACUUCAAUAUUAAAUGCUUAUGGACUGGUCAUCAGCAUAGUCAACAUAUUCUCCCCGAUGCUGCUAAUCCUCAUCACAUACUUCCGCAUUCUCCGUGUGUGUUUCUUAGGAAGCGUUCAAACACGUCGCAAGGCUCUGGCCACGUGCAUGCCUCAUGUUGUAUCUCUGAUGAACUUUGGCCUCGGUGCAGCAUUUGAGAUAAUCCAAUACAGGUUUAACUUGAGUUACCUGCCUGAAUCUGUACGGAUUUUUCUAUCCCUUUAUUUCUGGUUGGUCCAACCGAUUUUAGACCCCUUUGUGUACGGACUCAGUAUUUCCAAGAUCAGGGUCCUCUGCAAAAACCUGUUUGUCUCUAAGAUAUGA